GUGCGAACGUGCAACUGUCAAAUCGCUGAAAACGAAAUGAAACGGGACCAAGUCACUUCGCGACCACUUCACUCUUGACACUUCAAGUAACACGUCGCAGAAAUCCCUCAAUCCCUUGAUUUCAGUCAGCAAGGGGGUAAAGACGCGAAUUUCUCACAUAGGAGCAACCUACAAUUCAAAGAAGACAGACUACGGAUAGAACGCAACCAUGGACUGUGUAAUGAAAGUGAUGCUUUUGCUGUGUACUCUUCAGCUUUUAAAUUGCAAAGACUCAGGCUCAAGUUCGGCUGAGCAAAGGUGCUUCUGCCAGGUAACGGGACACAUUGAUGACUGUGUGUGUGAUGUGGAGAGCAUCGACGCCUUCAACAACAUGCAGCUCUUUCCAAAAUUACAACGGCUUUUGGAAUCUGACUACUUUAGGUUUUACAAGGUGAAUCUGAACAAGCCCUGUCCAUUCUGGGCAGACGACAGGCACUGUGGAUCGAAAUACUGUGCUGUGAAACCUUGCAAACCAAAUGAGGUGCCAGAUGGGAUCAAGUCAAACAGCUAUAAGUAUUCAGAAGAGGCCAACAAUGCCCUACAGGAGUGUGAGAAAGCUGAAAAGCUGGGCGCUGUAGACAGCUCACUCAGUGAGGAGACCCGCCAGGCCCUGCUAGAGUGGAACAGACACGAUGAUGAAGAAGACCGCUUCUGUGUGGUUGACGAUGAGGGGUCCCCCAAUUCCCAGUAUGUGGAUCUGCUGCUCAACCCAGAGCGCUACACUGGAUACAAGGGGCCUGAAGCCUGGCAGAUAUGGAACAGCAUCUAUGAGGAAAAUUGCUUCAAGCCAUAUUCUGUUAAGCGACCACUGAACCCUACAAGAGCUUACAGAGAAAAUGAUGGAAAGACAUUUUACAGAUGGCUUGAAGGACUGUGUGUGGAGAAAAGAGCUUUCUUCAGGCUAGUCUCUGGGCUUCACGCCAGCAUUAACAUCCACCUGAGUGCCAGGUACCUCUUGGAUGAUAACUGGUUUGAGCAAAAGUGGGGUCACAAUGUCACAGAGUUCCAGCAGCGGUUUGAUGCAGAGUUGACGAGAGGGGAGGGGCCUAAACGGCUGCGCAACCUCUACUUCCUGUACUUGAUCGAGCUGCGUGCACUGUCCAAAGUCCUGCCUUUCUUUGAGCAGCCCUCCUUCCAGCUGUACACUGGCCAGCCUGACCAGGAUGGACGCACCAAAGAUCUCUUGGUAGAGCUCCUCCAUGUGGCCAAAUCUUUUCCCUUACACUUUGAUGAGACCUCUUUAUUUACUGGAAACAAACAGGAAGCUGCCAAGCUCAAGGAAGACUUCAAGCUGACCUUUCGGAACAUUUCCAAGAUCAUGGACUGCGUCGGGUGCUUCAAGUGCAGGCUCUGGGGGAAGCUGCAGACCCAAGGUCUGGGUACGGCACUGAAGAUCCUGUUCUCUGAGCGGCAGAUUGAGGCCCUGCCCAAGUCCAAAAGCAGCCUCCCCAGCUUCCAGCUGACCCGCCAGGAAAUUGUAGCCCUUUUUAAUGCCUUUGGGAGAAUCUCAACAAGCAUCAGAGAACUGGCGAACUUCCGCGGGCUGCUAUCAAAGGUCCGUUGAGAUCAGGAGCGAGUCUCUCUUUUCUAAUCAUGUAAGACUCUCCCCAGGAAGAGAGUAGAAGCCACAGUCACCGAGGGUAGAAGAUGGAGCCAGGCUAGGGACCACAAAUACUGAUAAUUUUUUUUUUACUGACCCUUUCAUUCAUUUUCUUUUCUGUCGGAAGAAUAUGCUCCAUGCAAUUUUUGUCUUUGGAAAAUAAGCUUCGUAGGGUUUACUGCUACUUACUACUGUUUUUUAAUGGGCACCUUAAAUUGCUGCAUAUCGUGUAGCUUUAUCUCUUUUA